GUUUUUCAUAUCCAAGCUGCCAAACAGACCCUAACGAUAUAUAAGAUGCCACUCGCUAAGCGUAAACCCUAGCUGGAGAUAUCUCUCGACCUCUCGAUCAAGACGACGAAGAAUUGGAAUUCAGCCUCGAUUAUUUUGGUUAUUACAAAUUACAGAAGACACUUUAUUUUUCUUCAAGAACAAUGCAACUCGGUGAGAAACUUGUAAUAGAGGAAGUAGAGUAUCAAAUGCAUGACCCAGGCUUCACAACUACUGAUUCAGUGACUUUCACAGAUGCUGAUAUGAUGCAACAGUAUGAUUCCAUUCAGGCUGCAGCAACUGAGAAAAUACCAUAUGUUGGCGACAAGGCAGGAGCCACUUAUAUGCUUCACAAAAAAGAGCCACUUAUAAGCUUUUCUUUGAAACUGAUUGAUGUGCUAUUUCCCUCUUGGAGCCUCUUUCCGUGUUAUUAGAGGAAUAUCAGUCAGGCAGCCCUAUAUUGCUGGAGAAAAUCCAGGUACAGGUAUUGAGUGAAAGUUAUGCUUCCAUUAGACGGAUAAGAGGAGACGGGAACUGUUUCUUUCGGUCCUUCAUGUUUUCCUAUCUGGAGCACAUUCUGGAAUCACAAGACAAAGCAGAGGUUGACCGGCUUACUGCAAAUAUUGAAAAAUGCAAAAUGACCCUCCAGAGACUGGGAUAUGCAGAUAUUGAACUAUGCAAAAAGACCCUCCGGAAUCUGGGUUAUGCAGAUUUUACCUUUAAAGAUAUAUCUGCGUUGUUCCUUGAGCAGUUGGAAAAUCUUCUGCAAGGAAAUGAGUCCUUCAUAAGUUGUGAAGAUCUGAUGCAGAGGGGUCGAGAUAACUCCGUGUCAGAUUAUGUUGUAAUGUUCUACAGAUUUGUUACUUCUGGUGAAAUCCGUAGGCGUUCUGAAUUUUUCAAACCUUUCAUUUUGUGCUUAGCAAAUACAACCGUGGAUGAGUAUUGUAAGACCUCCGUGGAACCGAUGGGGGAAGAGAGCGACCAUGUUCAAAUCACUGCCUUGUCCGACGUGUUGGGUGUGCCCAUCCGUGUGAUGUACCUGCCCUGCAGAUCCUAUGAUCCUAAGGGUGUCAGUGUAUAUCAUUAUGAUUUUGUUCCAACUGUUGGUGAUGUUCCAAAUACUAGCAAAGGCGAUGCUGUGCCCGUGAAACCUUUCAUCACCUUGCUUUACCGCCCGUUCCCUGGCCAUUAUGACAUUCUGUACCCAAAGCAAUCAGAAUCGCCGGUGAAUCCUGAACGGCCUGGUGAGACUACACUGGCAGAGCAUGAAAAGAUUAAAGAACAGAGCAAUUUGCAGAGAACUGUUUUCAUAGACAAUCUCCCAUUUCGUACUGAUAAUGAAGAGGUGAGGAAACAGUUCUCUGAUUUCGGGGAAGUGCUGUCAUAUUUCCCUGUUCUUCACGAAGUCACCCGGCGACGAACAGGAACUGGUUACCUCAAGUUCAGUACACCAGACGAGGCUGAUGCUGCGGUGGCAGCGGCACGUUAUACAGGAGGUUCAAGGAUUCUUCUGAAUGGCAGACAAUUAACUGUGAUUAAGGCCUCGGACAAGAAAGCUCGCGAUAAGGAACUUGAAAAGGCAAAAAGUGAUGAUGUUGACCAGCGCAACCUUGAGCUUGCAAAGGUAGGUGUUAUUCUCAAGGACUCUCGUGAUGCUGAAUGUGUUUCAUCAAGUGAUAUGUACCUUCGCCAAAUGUUGGAGAAGAGAAAGAAUGAUAAGCUUCAAUCAUCUCCUGACUUCCAUGUUUCGAGAACUAGACUCGCUGUAUACAAUUUUCCAAUGACACUCUCUGAGAAGCAGCUUAAAUAUAUUAUUCUAGAUGCAAUUCUUUCCCCUGAUAGCAAACAAACUCGUGUCAUCCAACAGUUAAAAAUCUUAGGAAAAAGCAAGCAUGCAAAGGCGACGGAGAAAGACCUUAAACGUGGAACAGCUUUCGUUGAGUUCUCGGAUUAUGAACAUGCACUUGCAGCCCUGAAUGCUCUUAAUAAUAAUGCUACUUGGACUACAAUUGAACGCUUGGAUAUGGAUGUGGUGAAUCAAAUAGGUCGAACGGUUGGCAUUUCUCUGAGUUUAAACAAACGUAGGUUCAGUUAUUUAAGAUAGUUACCUGGCCUUGGUGAUGAAAAAUUUGCUCUUCAGAUUUAGUAUUUGUGCGAAGAAGAACAGAGUUGAGGUUAGCUAUCUCUAUAUUCAAAGUUUUUGCACGGGAUACAGAUUACAUCUCCGUUGGUGCGGCAUUAAAGCUGGACCAUUAAUAACUAGUUUUCCGGGACCAUUAAUAACUAGUUUUGCACGGGAUACAGAAUGAGUCUACCGUAGGAAAUUUGGCGGCUAGAAUUUAGUUGCCGAUGGAGUUGGAACGGAAAGUUUUCUCCAGUCAGUAAUAGAACUGGCAUGUUACGACGGCUAUUUUUAGAAUUAUUAAAAGUAACAAAAAGGAACGGUUUGAUUUUGAAUUUCAAAUUUCCUUUCUGCUUGGUUGUAGCACGGCCCUUUUGGGAUAAAGGUAAAGGUAAUAGGAAAGAAGAUAUAUUAACAACUUAAAUUAAACUAGAUUUACAUAAGAGGAGUAUUUCAUGAGAUCUCCAAACUCGUGAUCGGAGACUCGAUCCGCUGACCUCCUAAUUGAGAGUUAGGCUCCUGGCCAACUGGACUAACCUUUUUGGGAUAAACGUAACACUAAGGGUUAAAAUGAUAUUUUGAAAUUGGGAAGCACUGACACGGACAUGGGAAACAGGACACAUACAAGAUAUGACACAGACAUGUAAAAAUCCAAAAUCAUCGGGACACGAACACGUUUAUAUAUAUUAAUAUAUGUCUAAAAUCACAGUGUAAUUU